CCCUUUGUGUGGAGGAUCGAUCGAUCUCUUCUGAGUGGAAAACGUUGGUUGCAACCUCCUCCUCCUCCUCCUCCUCCUCCCCCCCCUCCCUCUCUCUCUCUCUCUCUCUCUCUCUCUCUCUCUCUCUCCCUUUCUUUCUUUUAGAGCCGAAACAAAAAGGUUAAAUAAACUUUCCCUUUUAUCUUUCUCUCUCUCUCUCUCUCGCUCUCUCUCUUUCUGAAACCCUAGUUCAGCUCCAGAAGAAGAAGAGCCCAGAAAGAAUAUCAACAAGGUCACAAACCUCCUGACGCAUCUUGGAUCUCUUCUCCCUUCUUUCCACCUGCAAGAAAGAUCUACCCAUUUUCGUUUUACCAUUUUCCCUUGUUAUUCAUUCUAUCUCCAGCUUACAAAGAAGUCAGCCACAGAGAGAGAGAGAGAGAGAGACAGACAGACAGACAGACAGACAGAUGUGUAGAUCAAGGCGCUUAGAAGCUAUAGCUUUAUCGGUUCUUUUGUUCCAUCUCCAUUGAAGUUUGCAAGCAGAUCAGCAUCUCUUUUCUUUGGUCAACAGUUGCUUUUACAGGGUCAACCUUUCCGGUAAGCUCGCUCUCUCUCUCUCUUUCUCUCUCUCUCUCUCUCUCUCUCUCUCUCUCUCUCUCUCUCUCUGUGGGUGUUAUGGAUUCUGGUAAUAGUGGGAGCAUGCAAUCUUCAAGCGGCGGAGAGGAAGAUUACGAUGACUCCAAGGCUGAAUCGUCCCCGCCGGUUUUAUUAAAUUCUCCUUCGGCUCAUACCAACAAUAUAGGUCCCUUCUCUAGUUCACACUCUUCAUUUCCCUAUUUCCACCAAAACAACCACCUACCCUCUUUGUAUGAUUCUGCUUCCACUUUUGUUCCCACCUACACUCACCAAAACCCAAAUCUCGCCACCACCCAUUUCGAUCUUGGCAUGUUCCGGGCUGACCCGAGAUCCGACACCGUGCCCAGACCCUCCUCGUCCAGCCAAGGCAUGUUGCUUGCACAAGGGGCAAGCCAAGGACAGCCAUACCCAGCUUCAUCAUCCUCGUCUCUACAAGCGCAAUUAGUCCACGAAGCGCCGCGGCUGGGGCGGGAUGAUCGGGCCAAGCCUGCAAGGAACCCCCGGAAGAGGACUCGAGCAUCGAGGCGUGCCCCAACCACAGUCCUCACCACCGACACCACGAACUUCCGGGCAAUGGUGCAAGAGUUCACCGGGUUCCCCGCCCCACCCUUCUCAGGCCCCCGCAAGCUCGACCUCUUCGGCGGUGCCAGCUCGAUUGGGCCACUUUUCCAUCCUCUCCGCCCCUCGGCUCAGAAGCUUGACGCCAACAUGGUCAGCAACACGAUUAGCCACCUCACCACUUCAAUAGCAAACAAUUUCCGGAACACUGGUUCACACAGUGUCUCUCCAUCCACUUUCCAAUUGAACCUACAAAAACAGCCUCAAAACCCUCUCACCCUGCAAAACAACGUCCUCACAUUCCCUUCUCUCGCACAUGACCCUCUCAGUGCCCCAAACAUAUUAUCGGGUUUCAGCUUGAAUUCUCAAGGGAACAUGGGAGGAGCCGCAACUUCUUCCGAAAAGGAACUCACCAUGAGCCCCGCGAACUUCAACCCCAACUGGCCGGACGGGCUUGUGAGCCACGAGAACACGGCGAGGACAAGCGAGGGUGGUUGGAGAGAAGGAGGCAGGUCGAACGGAGGGAAGGAAUUGGAGCAGCUGAGGUCUUUCAACGAGACGAACUACGGAAACUCAUCACAGAGCUUCAAUGGGUGCAAGCUGAAUUAUUCGGCUUCGUCUUCAUCAGAGUUUCACAAUGACAAGAGCCUGGACAGCAGCAAUGUCUCUGCAAGGGGCGAAGGUAGGGUUGAUUACUGGAUCAGUCCCUCUGAUUAGGCCUCCACAUAGAACUCGGAAAAAGGGAAUAUUAUUUAGUGAAUGAUGACUGCUGAGAAUGAUGCCGAGUCCAGAAAUGGAGGGUGAAUUGCAAAUAUUGUUCUCAUGAUGAGGAUUCGGGGAUAGUGAUUGUAAUGAUGAGGCCGAGAUUGUUUUUCUGAGCCUUUGUUCCUGUUUACAUCAAAUAGUAUCUCUCUCUUCCUUCCAGUUUUCUGUAUAUUCCUCUCUCGGGGUCUCCCUAGAAAAUAAGAACGUCAUUACACAAUUUGAGCC